GGAAACUGUGCCUUCUUCUGGGUUGACUCAUAUGACAAGCCCCAGUGAUCGACGCAACCAGCUUAGUUCAUAAGGCCGUUGUCUCCUGGCACAACAUUUGCACUUAGAAUGCAGAUUGAUUGAUGCGCGGAAGAUAAAUUGAAAAGCGCUUUCAGUCCACCAACCUCCUCGUCCUCGCGGUAUAUCUCGCGCCAAAAGAUGCCUAAUCAAGAUUUUGGUAAUCCCUCCGACAGCCCUCCAAUCGAUGUCAUCCCACCACCCGUCGAGCUGGACCAAAAGAAUCCUGUGCUCAAAGAUGAUGGCCGCCUCGAUGUUGAUCUCAACUCAUCAGUCGUUAAAUACCUAUCAUUCAUUCGGCGACAGUCAGAGCCCGCUCUUGAUGAUUUUCAAGACUGUGCUGCCGCCCCGUUACCUCCGUACUCGCCCUACCAACUAGCAGAAACGACAAAGUUCCACGUUAAGCUCAAUAUCGUUAUCCAAGUCGUUGGUAGUCGUGGCGACGUGCAGCCGUUUAUUGCUCUUGGCAAUGAACUGCAAAAGCAUGGCCAUCGCGUACGCCUGGCCACUCACGACGUCUUUGAUUCGUUUGUGCGUGGAUCGGGGAUCGAAUUCUUCCCCAUUGGAGGUGAUCCUGCCGAACUCAUGGCUUACAUGGUGCGUAACCCGGCGCUCAUUCCUAGCAUGAAGAGCCUCCGAGCUAGCGACAUCCAGAAGAAGCGCAAGAUGAUGGAUGAGAUGCUACACGGCUGCUGGUUAUCGUGUAUCGAACCAGAUCCUGUCUCAUCAGCUCCAUUUGUUGCUGACGCGAUCAUUGCCAACCCUCCAAGUUUUGCACACGUCCAUUGUGCGCAGGCGUUAAGCAUCCCUGUGCAUCUCAUGUUUACAAUGCCGUGGUCGACAACAAAGGCCUUCCCCCACCCGCUAGCUAAUCUUAAGAAUGCUGGCAACUCUGGCGCGGAGCCUCGGUUGGCCAACUCCCUCUCAUACUCCGUCGUAGAAUUCCUGACAUGGCAAGGCCUUGGCGAUGUUAUUAACGACUGGAGAGACGAGUUGGAUAUGGAGCCAAUCGCGUUUUCAGAAGGGCCUAAACUAGCAGAGACUCUGAAGAUCCCAUUCACGUAUUGUUGGUCUCCGGCAUUAGUUCCUAAGCCAAGUGAUUGGGGCACGCAUAUCGAUGUGUGCGGAUUUUUCUUCCGCGAACCUCCCAAUUACUCCCCGCCACCCGAACUAGUCCAGUUUAUCAACAGCGGACCGCCGCCGAUUUAUAUCGGCUUUGGCAGUAUCGUUAUUGACGAUCCGGAGAGGAUGACUAGCCUGAUUUUAGACGCUAUACACAGAUCCGGUGUUCGCGCUUUGAUCUCUAGGGGUUGGAGUAAUCUUGGUGGCGCUGCAACGGGAAACGUAAUGUAUCUAGGAGACUGUCCACACGAAUGGUUAUUCCAGCACGUAGCCGCUGUCAUCCACCACGGUGGGGCAGGCACAACGGCAUGCGGACUUUUGAAUGGACGGCCCACCACUAUCGUGCCCUUUUUCGGAGAUCAACCAUUUUGGGGAGAUAUGGUCGCCGCCGCCGGCGCUGGACCAAAACCCAUUCCUCAACAAUCCCUCACGGCAGAUAAUCUUGAAGCGGCGAUUAGGUUUUGUCUGGCGCCAGACGCUCAGGAAGCAGCUCAAGGAAUAGCGAAAAGAAUGAAAAUGGAAUCAGGUGUCAAGGCGGCAGUAGCUUGCUUUCAUUCCAACCUGCCCGAACGUACGCUCGAGUGCGAUAUCAUCAAGGGACAGCCUGCUGUGUGGACAUACCGCAAGGAAGGGAUUAAACUUAAGCUAUGCAAGACUGCGGCGGAGAUUCUAGCAAGCCACUUGGUCGUGGACCAGAAAAGGCUAAAAAUAAAUGAGAUCCGUCCAAUCGUCAUUGAGCCUCGCAGAUGGGAACCUAUUACCGGUACGGUGUCAGCAGCGAUCGGUGCAAGUCGGGAUAUUGUGAAAGCGGCUACAGACAUCGUAGCCAAGCCAGCGAAGGUCUUCAAGGAACGCCACAAAGAGCCUCUAUUAACACCAGAAGAAUCACAUCCAGGCCAGACGGCAGCGGGGACUGCAGUUAGCCUAGGUGGUCGAACCACUUUGGCUGGUCCAGUGAAGAGAGAGAAAGCAAGAGACUGUGUGAGUACUGUAAAGCUCAUGACAACUGCGUCAGCGUCUGGUGCUAUUGACUUGUUCAAGUCUUAUACAGGAAGUCUUGUGGCGAUCCCCUAUGCUUUCACAGAAGGUUUUCGAAAUGUACCGAGGCUUUACGGCGAAGAAGUUCGCGACAUUGGUACAAUCCGGGACUGGAAAUCUGGAACAGCAGCCGGUGCGAAGGUUUUGGUAUUCGGGGUCGUGGAUGGAGUAACAGACGUCUUCGUACUGCCCUACAAAGGUGCCCAGCAACAGGGGGUAGUUGGAGCCCUCAAAGGUGUUGGCAAAGGACUUGCCGGGAUAACAAGCAAGCUGUUCACAGCAACCAUUGGGAUAGCUACCUACCCGCUACAAGGUAUACAAAAAAGCCUGUGGGCAUUAGCUAAACCCAGCACCCAACAGUCAAUUGUGCUCGCAAGGCGUAUUGAAGGUUCAUAUCUGGCGUUCAAGGCCCGGCAAGCUGGCCUCGAAGAUCAAGUCGUGAUGCGAGAAUUUACCGCCCUGGGUACAAGGAAAUGAUCAUUAGUUCUCACGAUCGCCGCUGUACUACCACUCGGUUUUGGAUAGAUAAUAUAAGAUUUUGGAUUUCAGA